AUGAUAAUCGAUGCUCGUUUGAUUGGACGCAUAGAAUAGGAUUCAGAUCAGCUGUUUGCGACUUUGUCUGGACUUUGAAUUCGCUGAGUUUCUUUGCGAAACAUUCGCAUACUGCAUCAUAUAUCGGCUUUCAACUUUUGCCUACUUUGUCAAUCUAUUUUUUUAUAUUUGUUGUGCUGUUUAGAGCAGGGGAACAGGAGCUUACAAGAUGAUUGAUUUGUUCUGGGAGCGAUUUGGCGAUGCAUUCUCAUGCUGCAAUCGCAAAUACACACUCACCUAUCUUUCCAUUGCUUUUCUGACAAUCGCGUACUUCCUUCGUAUGCGAUGGAGAUCGUCGGUGAAGAACCCGCCGCCGAUGAUUCCCUCCUCCAUUCCUUUCGUUGGCAGUGCAUUGCAGUUUGGCAUGAAUCCCAUCAAAUUCCUGGAAGAUGCUUAUUACAAAUACGGACCCGUGUUCAGUUUGCGGAUGAUGGGCAGUACGUUUACUUAUGUUAUCGGAUCGGAGGCCAGUGCUGUGUUCUUUAACAGCAAGAACGAAGAUCUCAACGCCGAAGAAGUGUACAGCAAGCUAGUGACACCCGUGUUUGGUCAGGGAGUAGCCUAUGAUUGCCCCAAUAGUGUGUUUCUGGAACAGAAAAAGAUGUUCAAAACCGGCUUGAACAUCGCACAAUUCCGCACUCACGUCCCGCUGCUCGUUGAGGAAACGGAGGACUAUUUUGCGCGUUGGGGCGAUCGUGGUGUCCGCAAUCUCUUCGAAGCCAUGGCGGAAUUGAUCGUGCUGACUGCCAGUCGCUGUCUGCAUGGCCAGGAGAUCCGUUCUGUGCUGAAUGAAGAAGUCGCACAGCUGUACGCUGAUUUAGAUGGAGGCUUUUCGCACGAAGCCUGGUUACUACCAUCCUGGCUGCCCCUGCCCAGCUUCCGGCGGCGGGAUAUCGCGCAUAAGAAAAUGAAACAGAUUUUCUAUCAGGCCAUUGCCAAACGCCGCAUGGCCCCAGAGAAACCAGACGAUAUGCUGCAGACGCUGAUUGAUUCUGCUUACAAAGAUGGCAGGCAGCUCAGCGAUGAUGAAAUUGCCGGUAUGCUCAUCGGGUUGCUGAUGGCCGGGCAGCAUACGUCCUCGACCACUGGUGCUUGGCUUGGGUUCUACAUAUCACGAGAUAAACGAUUGCAGGACGCUAUCGUGGAAGAGCAGAAACGGGUUUGUGGUGAUCUGCAUACACCGCUGACAUACGAGCACAUCCGCGAUAUGGACAUUUUGGAUCGAUGCGUGAAAGAAACGCUGCGGUUGCGUCCACCUAUCAUGACUAUGAUGCGAAUGGUCAAAACUGACCAGUUCGUGAAAGAAUAUACGAUACCUGCCGGACACCAGAUCUGUGUAUCACCACCGGUUAACCAGCGGAUCAAAGAUGCAUGGGAAAAUCCAGAUGCCUUCGAUCCAGAUAGGUAUUUGAAUCCGGACCUAACGGGGGAUACGAAGUUUUCUUAUGUUCCGUUCGGCGCCGGCCGGCAUCGUUGUAUUGGAGAACAGUUUGCUUACGUUCAGAUCAAGACGAUUUGGGCGACAUUGUUAAGGAAGUACGAAUUUGAUCUCGUGAACGGGCAUUUCCCCGCAAUUAACUACUCGACAAUGAUACAUACUCCGAAGAAUCCUAUUAUUUCUUAUAAACCAAGACUGGAGCAGUAAAGAAAAAUGCAUUUAUGAAUGUUUUAUGAAUGUGAAUGAAUGUUUAUGAAUGUCUCACAAAAUGUCCUUUUUUUAUUUAAAUUUGUUAUCUUUUGGUUGCACUUCUUGCUUUUGCUUAUCAUUCGCUACAAAUUGUAUUGUUUUACAAGAAAUUACCCUUUGUACCGCGAAAUGUCUGAUACGCGUUCGACGUAGUACAUGAAUGAAAUGAUACAAUUUAGUUCCUG